GAACCAAUCAAGGUGAAAGCCGAGCGUGGCCUGGGUAGGUUCUCGAAUACAAAGCGACCUCUAGAGGCAGGACCUCACUUGUCACGAUUCCUGCAUCAAGGUGACACGACCAAGUGACACAGAACCAACAGAUACAGGUAACCAAUGAAUAGUAAACACCGAUCUACAGUUGUAACGUAACAAAUACUGAUUACAGCUGUCAACGCAAGUUGUGGGGUUUUGGAACGACCAGAGCACAAACGAAAAGCUGAUAGUAGCUGGUCAACACAGUAGAACCUAAUUAUGGGACUCAUAUUUCGACAGCUCUUUGAGAGUGUUUCCUCCACCUACACAUACAUCCUAGCAGAUGAAGAGACCAAGGAGGCAGUCAUCAUAGACCCUGUGAUGGAGACAGCAGAAAGAGAUGCACAGCUAGUAGAGGAGCUGGGACUUACACUGAAAUAUGCAGUGAACACCCACGUCCACGCAGACCACGUGACAGGCACAGGAGAACUGAAGAAGAGGAUUGCUGGCUGCAAGAGUGUCAUCUCCAAGGCAGCUGGGGCCAAGGCAGACAUGUUUUUGAACAACGGGGACAAAGUGGAAUUUGGGAAAUACCACUUGGAAGCCAGGAGCACACCUGGUCAUACUAAUGGUUGCAUGACCUAUGUACUGAAUGAUAAGUCGCGUGCCUUCACUGGAGAUGCUCUGCUUAUCCGUGGCUGUGGAAGGACAGACUUUCAGCAAGGUAGCCCUCUGACCUUGUAUGAAUCUGUACACACACAGAUCUUGUCAUUGCCCCAGGACUGUCUGCUGUACCCUGCACAUGACUACAAAGGCCGGACUGUCACAUCUGUUGGAGAAGAACUGAAGUUCAAUCCCAGGCUGACCAAGUCCAAGGAAGAGUUUGCUAACAUUAUGAACAACCUGAACCUUAACUAUCCGAAGCAGAUAGACCGUGCUGUACCAGCCAACAUGAACUGUGGAGUGUUUGAGACGCCAUCCGUGUCCCAGUAGACUGCUGUAAAGUAGUCAUUUACACAGCUGAAACUAACUUUCACCACUAUAUACUCUCUCUAUAUAUAUAAAGCUGUGAUCAUACUCAAAGACUACUAAUUUUGUAACCACCGAUUAAAACUGUGACUGUUAGAUAUCAUUGUGCAGUUUGUUUCCACAUAUUAGGCACCAUGAGCAUGUGAUAUGUACAUGAUUGCAGAAAUAGCACAUAUAUUUUCACCACAUAUUUUGUACAUAAACAAAUGAACAACCAUCAACAGCUGCUGUAACUCCUUUGCUAGAGAACAUACAGUGUGUUAAUGUCUAAGUGUGCUUGAGAUUUAUUUGAUCAAAGUUGUGUGUGCACAAUGAAUUGGCCAAAAAGAAUGAGGAUGAGAAUACUGUAACUUACCACUUUCAGUGUUGGUCAUUUUGUAGUCCUUGUGGAGGACUUUAGUGAACAUACUUUGACUGAAGCAGCCGGAUUAGGUUUAAAUGGCUAGUGGCAGGCUUACAGCAUGUGACCCAUAUGGCAGAAAUGUAGCGUACCAGUUUUGUUUAGCAAUAAAAAUUGACGACUUGCAUACGCUGCAUUCACACACUCACACAUGUGCACACCACUUUUGUCCACAUUCUUCAGUCCAUGACACAUCUUAUGCAAGUUUAAGGUUAUAGUAUUUUUAUAAAUCAAAAAUCAAAAGGACAAACUUAUUUACCUGUUGAAUUACAGUCAGCAGGUUCAGGUUUUGUUUGAAUGUACAUAACAUGGUCAUGGUGAGAUCUUUUGCACUUAUUCCAUUAAAACCAUCCAUUUUGACUCAUAUCAAUUUUAUUCAUAUGUUGUAUUCAGUAUAGCAGUUUAAAACAAUUUUAUUUUUUACUAUCACCAUAUGUUGAAUGUUACCAAUCAUUUACUAAGCUAUUGUUACUUUCUACUUUUCUACCCGUGUUAGUGCUCAAAGGCCUUCUGUGAUUACCACUACAUUUUGAUUGCAUAAUGUUCCCAGAUGUAUUUUAUACUCUUUUGUAUUCAGUCUUCAGUUGAUUAGCUUGUUGUUUAAUGUGUCAACAGAACAGACUGUAAAUCAACAGUUUCAAUGUAACACUUGUUAUACAUGACAGAUGUGAUGAUUUGGAAGGCAUUUAUUAUUUAAAUACUUUUCUGUUUCAAGAUUCAUUGUUAAAUAUUUUGAUUAAUAUUUUCAUUUUAACUACUAGUAUUUUGCUGUAUGAAAU